AAUGUGAAUGUGCCGGGUGGUGAAUAUGGCAAUGCACUACAAGCAGCUGCAGCAAAGGAAAAUGAAUCGAUUGUGGGACUUCUCCUCGAGGGUGGGGCAGAUGUGAAUGCUCAGGGUGGCCGGUAUGGCAAUGCACUACAAACAGCUGCAGCAAACGGAAAUGAAUCGGUUGUGGGACAGCUCCUUGAGCGUGGGGCAGAUGUGAAUGCUCAGGGUGGCCUUCAUGGCAAUGCACUACAAGCAGCUGCAGAAAACGGAAAUGAAUCGGUUGUGCGACUUCUCCUUGAGCGUGGGGCAGAUGUGAAUGCUCAGGGUGGUGAAUAUGGCAAUGCAUUGCAAGCAGCUACACGAGGAGGAAACGGAUCCGUUGUGGGACUUCUCCUCGAGCACGGGGCAGAUGUGAAUGCUCAGGGUGGCCAUUAUGGCAACGCACUACGGGCAGCGCAAAAAUUACGUCAUGAAUCGAUUGUGAA